UUUAACCGCCUGGCAGUCUGUGUGCAUCGAGCAUCACUCAUCAGACCGUACAUAGCCACGGCUCAAAACAGCAGCCGGUCCACAUAUUCGAAUAGCCCGAUGACCGAUAGCAACUGUAUUUAGCCUUCAUGUAUCAGAACGGGCUUGAUCUCGCGAAAAACGGCUUAGUCACAAUCCCAGUCGACGGGCGCUGGAAACGCUAGCCGCUUCGGCAGAGCUAUGGAUUGUUAACGGCGGCGGUGGAGUCGGUAACUUGAACCUGGGACUGCGCUUUGUACACAACCUUUCGUGUCGGGAUUUUAACAAAUAACGACUUUGUGAGCGAAAAACGAGCGUUAGCCGGGCAGGGGCAAGGGGGGCAUUUCCUCAGCCAUGGCUCUGGUAACGCUGCAGCGGUCUCCCACCCCCAGCGCUGCCUCCACCGCCAGCACCAGCACCACCAACGCGGGGGACGCAACGGACUUUGGUAGCGAUGAUGAAAGACGGCUAAAUCAAAGUCUGAGUGAGAGCUUUUUAAUGGUGAAGGGGGCGGCGUUGUUCCUACAGCAGGGCAGCAGUGCACAGGGUCAGAAGCCACACCCCCAUCACAAACAUGCAGGAGAUUUACCUCAGCACUUGCAGGUAAUGAUCAACAUUCUUCGCUCGGAGGACCGAAUCAAAUUGGCAGUGCGGUUGGAGAGUGCUUGGUCAGACCGAGUACGGUACAUGGUGGUUGUUUACACCAGCGGCAGACAGGACACAGAGGAGAACAUUUUGCUGGGGAUGGACUUUAGCAACAAAGACAGUAAGAGCUGCUCUAUAGGGAUGGUACUGCCUCUCUGGAGCGACACGAAGAUCCAUUUGGAUGGAGACGGGGGUUUCAGCGUGAACACAGCAGGUCGCACACACAUCUUUAAACCUGUGUCUGUACAGGCCAUGUGGUCGGCCCUGCAGGUGCUGCACAAGGCAUGUGAGGUUUCACGCAGAUAUAACUAUUUCCCUGGCGGGAUGUCUCUGACCUGGACAGGCUACUAUGAGAGCUGCAUCUCCUCAGAGCAGAGCUGCAUCAAUGAGUGGAACGCCAUGCAGGACCUUGAAACAAUGCGACCAGACUCACCUGCCAUGUUCAAUGACAAGCCCACAGAAAGAGAGCGAACUGAAUGCCUCAUUAAAACCAAACUCAGAAGUAUCAUGAUGUUCCAGGACCUGGAGAACGUGACAUCCAAAGAGAUCCGUAAUGAGUUAGAGCAGCACAUGAACUGCAACCUGAAAGAGUACAAAGAGUUCAUUGACAAUGAGAUGCUGCUGAUUUUGGGGCAGAUGGAUAAAGCCACGCUUAUAUUCGACCACCUCUACCUGGGCUCUGAAUGGAACGCUUCCAAUCUAGAGGAGCUGCAGGAGACCGGGGUGGGCUACAUCCUAAACGUUACACGAGAAAUCGACAACUUUUUCCCUGGGACAUUUUGCUACCACAACGUCCGAGUAUAUGACGACGAAACCACGGAUCUGUUGGCCCACUGGAAUGACACGUACAACUUCAUUGUCAAAGCAAAGAAGAACCAGUCAAAAUGUCUGGUCCACUGUAAGAUGGGCGUGAGCCGUUCAGCGUCCACAGUCAUUGCCUAUGCUAUGAAAGAGUAUGGCUGGUCUCUGGAGAAGGCCUACAACUUUGUCAAACAGAAACGCAGCAUCACGCGGCCCAACGACAACUUCAUGCGACAGCUGGCUGAAUAUGAGGGCAUUCUGGAUGCCAGCAAGCAGCGUCACAACCGCCUGUGGCGCCCAGACGCUGAGUGUGACCACCCAGACUGCCAGCAGGCUGCCGCGUCCUGCUGCAGCGACCCUGAGGGCGUGACCCCCGGCACAACCCCAUGUUGCGAGGCUGCAGCCCACUCUUCCCCACUCGCCCUGGAGCUGGACCCCGCUAACCCCCAAAACUACAACUACUACUUCCGCCGGCUGUCUGACUCUGCACUGGACAGUGAUCCCUCCACUCCGGUCCGUGCUCCUCCACUUCUGGACGUGGAUCGUGUCUUUAUUGAAAUUGAAGAUGUUGAGCGGGACGCCCUCCUGGAUGAUGAGACAUUUGAAGGGCGGGAUGGCCUCCCCCUGCCUCGCUUCGCUGUACCCGGGGAGGGCACAGCGGCCCAGACCUGCUCGCGGGGAGCAGAGCCUCUGGAGGAGCUUCGGCUGCGUCUGGAGUUCAGUACGGUGGAGGAGGAGGAUGAAGAGGAGGCACAGAAAGAGCAGGAGGAGAUGGAGGCGUUGGCCGAGGGGGGGAGGAGAGGUGGAGUAGGAGCAAAAGAGAAGGAGGAAGAGUGUGAGGAGAGCGGAAUUGAUCUGGGAACCAUGAAUCACCUCUGCAAUGAAAACUCCAACAACAACAAUCACCUCAGAACACGGAACAGUCUUGCUGAAAGUAUCCUUAAGAAGCAGAUGGGCAAACCCAGCUCCCUCCCCACUCCUAAGCCCAGCCAGAGCACUCUCUCUGAUUCUGGUGGACAAGUCCUUGCUCCUUCACCCCUCCGGAAUGUGCCCAGCAUCUCUGUUGAGGUGCCAGCCUGUGUCAAUGUGCCAGUCAUGCCUGUAGUGCCCAGUCUGCUGAGGGCUUGUGGCCCUUGCUGUGACUGUGCUAAGUGCAGCAAGGCAGCCUCCAAUCCGUGCCUUGAUUCGGCCAUCCUGGACAUUCAAGAGAGCCAAUCACAAAAGCUUCACCAGGGGGGAGAGGACAGAGCAUUGCAGCAGGCAGUCGAGGGGACUGAAGGUUUAAAAGUGAGAGACAGGGCUGGGGAGAGGUCCACAGGCAUAGCCAGAGAUGGGGGCUCGACCCUGGGGUCAGAGAGGGUGACAGUACCCAGCCACCCACCACAGCAGGAGGCUCUAGCACACCUCCAGAAGUCCGGCCUGGUCCGUCGGCGAGCUGAGCGCUUGGAGAAACUCUCGGGUCUGUUUCAGGAUCGCUCAAGAGAUCACCCUUUGAUGAGACCAGAUCAUCCUUACGCCGAACCUUUCGGGGCACAAGCGGAUUUAUCCACAGAUGGCGCAGCUGUCCCACUCACGAACGAGGCCUUGUUAGCUGUCCUGGGAUCAGGAGGCUUGACACCGGUGUCUUCACCGCACGGCUCCACGCUCACACGCAGUUCCAGCAGCGACAGUAUCCGGAGCGUGCGGGGCAAGCCGGGCCUAGUGCGUCAGCGGGCCCUGGAGAUUGAGGCUCGCAUACGGCUUGCCGGUCUCACGGUACCCUCGCGCCUCAAGCGCUCCAACUCACUGGCCAAGCUGGGCAGCCUCACCUUCUCUUCAGAGGAUUUAUGCUCUUCAGCAUGCUCCUCGGAUGCCGGGACCCUGCUGCUCCUCUCACUGUCGCCAGAGCCAGGGCACGCCAUGAGCCCGGACUGGCUCUUCAGUCCAGGGGGGACAGGCCUGGCUGAGCCCAGAAGCUGACUACAAGGCUUAAGGAUUCCUGUGAGAUGAUGCCUGGGGAGAGUUUUGCAGCACAAGGAUUUCCUUUAUGGAACAUUUUCCUCUGAAAAGUCCUCAGAGGGAACAUGUUCUCACAGCUGUGGGAGGAGGACGGUACUGUACAUGAACUGAAAAAUACAAAAAGACGUUUAAAAAUGCUAUGAAUAUGCUAUUCAAAGAAAAAAAAGAAAUAGCCAAAUAUUUCGAGAGCGCCCUCUUGGUUGCAAGCGGUGGUUCCUCUGGUCCUGGAGGACCCCUGUGCUGCAUAUUUUGGGGAAUUCUCUGUUGUAAUACCCCAUAUUCAACUAAUCCACCAAUUACCAAACUCGCCCUGAGCUGGCGAAGGAGGAAAAUGCUGAAAUACGCAGAGCAGAGGUACUCCCAGACCAGCAUUGGGAACCACUGGAUCAAAGGCUUUUGUUGCAUGGAGCAGAAGCUGAAUGUGUGUGACAAAAAAAUAUGUAGAGCACUUGCCGCUCAUUGGCCAAACCCCCAAGGAGAUCAUCGCUUUGGCUCAACCCCGCUUCCCUUCCUACUAAAACUGAUCUGCCAUGUCUGAGGCAGAACCAAGCAGCCAUAUUUCCCAAGGCCACUGCCCGAUGAGGCAGGAGAGAUUGUUACCUGUUUUUUCCAUUCAUCCACCCAUCUAUGUCCUGUCUCAGUGUGGAUCACAUAUUCCUGCUGACUUUGAACAACAACUUUGAAUCACACUCCUUCCGGACAGCCAAAGGAAAAGGACGUCCGGAUCAUUGCCGGUCACUCUUUCUGUGCUGUGAGGCUUCUAGAAUGUUGGGGAGGGAAAAAUAGACAAUUCUGUUUCAAUCUCUGUGCUGUUCUCUCAGUCUGCCCGGUACAUCCGCAGAAGUCGCUGGAGAUGCUUGGCUGUAUUUUGCUCUGGUCUGCAACCCAUAGUCCAUUUAGUACUGAAUUUUAACACUGCACGCACGAUAAUGGUUAGGCUUUAUUGGAAUAUUAUGUCAAAAACACUAGGGUGGGUAAGUGUGUCUGUGUGUGAAGAUUUACAACCUUCCUCAAGAUGUUUUGGAGAGCCGUUGAUUGACUUGGACCCUUUGUUUUGGUUCCUCGUGGUGCUCUUAUUUGCUUCAAUGUGAAAAACCAUCGCUGGGGAUGUGUUUCCCAAAACAAGAAACAUAGCACAAAGAUCUUUAUUAGCUAACAGUACAUUUCACUUCACAACUAAUGAUGAGAAAUAAGGUAAUCUGAACACUAUACUUUGAGGCUAGAGCUUUGAGGCUCUGGCAAGCAAAGAAUCCAGAAACAUUCUCCGCUCAUUAUUUGGCAACAGUUCUCCGUUUUCUUUGGAGAGAGAGAUUACAGCCAUAGAAAGCCAUACUCCAGUUAGCCAUUAAUUUCAAGGCUGGUUCUCGAACAUGAUGGAUGACUGGUUCCGUUGUCUCAUUUGAUAUUUAUGCAUUGGUAUAGUUGGAAAGAGCUGAAGGAGAACCAACUUUCUUCCGUUGACCAGGAACGUUAGUUGGGUUUUAGGGUAUACUCAUUAGCUUCCAUAUUGAAUUUCACGUUAAAGCUGAUUCAAAUCUUGGAAUAAAGAGAGAGGUUGAUUCUCGAAAGAGUUACUUCAAGGAAGAUUUAGACUUUUUCAAGUGAAAGCUGAAAAAGUCUGGUGCACAAACACUGUUAAGUUUGUGACCUUGGUAGUGUCCCUCCAUUUCACCUCUCUUGUCCCUUUCACGACCCACAUUUGUCAAGUGGUUUAAAAGAAAGAAAUAGUUUAGCAAAAAUUCCAAUUUACACCAUUUGUCCCUCGUAAAAUUAUGAUGUAGUUGAUCAGCCGAGACGUGCCUGGUGUCCAAAUUUUUCUUUUUUUAAGUUUAGUGCUGGAGUUAGGAGGUUAAAAUUGCCAAAUAACAACAAAUCUUUGCAAAUACAUCCCCAACAUUUUGCUCAACUCACUCCAACUGCAUGAAGGUCUUCAUUAAGGUAGGAUGGACUUGUCAACAUGGUUUAGGACACAGUGUAACUUAAUCUGAACUAUAAAAAAUGAACAAAACUUCACCGUGUAACUGAACACAUGCAUUUUAAACAAUGGAUGUUGACUACUCUUCGCGUGCAAGCACGUCAUGCAAGCAUAUGGACCUUAGAUUAUGUUGUGUCUGUUAAUAAACAUAUUUUUUUUAUUUUUAAAAUGAUAAUCAGUGAUUAGUAAAAAAGAAAGAAAAAUACAUGAUUUGCAUGCAUGUAAAGGGAAAUCAGACCUCUAAAAUGGCUGCGUUCAGUUACGUGAUAAAAUUUCAUUCAGUUUUAUAGUUCACAGUAAGGCACACUGUGUCCUAAACCACAGACAGGUCUGCGAAAACUUACUGACAUUUUGUAUGCAGUUUGAAUGUGUUGAGAUGUUGAGGAUGUGUUGAUGAGUUGUAGGAAUAUAUUUGCAGAAAAGACUUAGGUGACUAUUGACUUCUAAAGCUUUAGCCUCAUAGCUGUAGCACUAAAGUAAAGAAGCACAAUUUAGACAAAACAUAUCUUAACCGAUCCACUACAUCUGGGAUAAGUGGAAAAUUGUGUAGAUUUUUUGCCAAACCAUUCCUUUAACAGUAGUGGUGUCUUACCGCAGAGUUCCAUUUAUCCGGGAAUGAGUUUGGAAGUUGUUGAUGUUGGUCAAGAUCACACAUGACCUGGAUCCAUCAUGUGCUUGCGUGGGUAUGUGUGCAUAUCCUGAGGGUCCCAUCUCUGAAGGUCUGCCGCUUAUCACCCCCCUCUACAGUAUAGUAAUGCAUUUUCUCACUCCCACUAACGUAUGCAUUACCAAUCUAUAUUAUGCUGGUUCUUUCAAGUGAAUUCAGCAGGUUCGUUCCCUUUAUUUCCAGAUCAGUCGGCCAAUUGCGACUCACGUUGAAUUACUUGAGGUUGUUUUUUAUUAUGCAACACGUUUCAACUUUUACUUACUUUUUUUAAACUCUUAUUUUGUACAUUCAACUAUGCUGUUACUGUGUCAGCCGUGUGCUUCUGAAAUGUGAACUGUGUGUGCGUGUCUUGUAUACAAGUGUGCAUAUGAGCGUGAGCGGCAUCUGUGCGAUUACUGUGAAAUAUUUAUGAGAAAUCGAGGAAAAAGUCCUUCAGAGUGUGUGAGUGCGCUAGUAUUUAGCGAUGAGGUCAUGAGCAGGCUCAUAGAACACAAACAUCCUCCACUGUAAUGCACACGCAUGGCAAUGCACUGUACAUAAAGAAUAGAGAUAUAUGUAUACAGUCCUCUUUAAAAGUUAAAACAUCUAACUUGUCUUUAAUAUAUGAGUAUGUUUUCUUUGUAGGGUUGUAUUAACGUAGUGUAGACUAAGCAAGUAUACUAUGAGGAAAAGAAUAUCAUAUAUGCAAAUAUGCAAAAAAAUUACUGUAUAGGCUCAGCCAUCUAAGCAUUGACCCUAUUAUCAGGAGAUAAUGAGUUUGAUCCCUUGUGAUGCCACAGCCAUCUGUAGUCAGGAAACCAAUAGAGCCUAACUGGCCUCGCUUUCUCUGGGUGGGUAGAAUGGUACUCCUUCUCUCCCCAUCACUCAGUGUGAUGCUAGCAAUGCGAGCGUCUGUUAGCUGAUGUAAUUCUUAUUUAGCACUCUCCUUGGUCCAAUGAUAGUUUGAAAAGAUGCAGCAGCACUUUUUGUGUCUCUCAGCAGGUAUGUGCUAGCCUUCACCCUACCAGCUUGGUAGUACCAUGUGAGGGAGAGACCUAGCUAGCUGGUGGAACUGGCUACAAGUAAACUUGGUAGAAAAUUUAGGUUAAAAAAAGACUAUAUAAAGCAGUGGAGCAGUUUUUUAGUUAUUAUAUAUCAGAAAUAUUUUUGGGAUGAUUAUCAUUUUUUUUAAAUUCGAGUAGUCAUGAAAGAUUAAAAAAAAGUAAUAGUAAAUUAGGAUUUUUAACACGCAAAUUAGCUUUUCUCCAACAUUAUAUGUUGUCUUGUUAACAAAGUAUGAUAUGCCUCUAUAUUCCACCAGAGGGCAGUGUAGCGCCGUUCUAAUCUGUUUCGUCCACAGACGGAAGCAUAGAAAGACUACUGCAGAUGUCUAAAGGCUACCACACACUGUAUCUCUGGUGCUUGGUAGCAGACAGUACAAAGCACAGCUUCAGCACACCGGAAGUGGUGUGGAAAAGCACCGAAAAACAAGAAGCUCAAGCUCACUUUACACUCAUAGAUUUAACGUAAUAAAACUCGCAUUCUUUACAGAAUUUAUCAUGUUUGAUAUCAGCAAACUAACUUUUCACAAACUAAGUUUUCAGGCUAAAAGUUAUGGAGUGGCCAGGCUAGUGAUGCUGUCUGAGGUAACAGGUAGUUUGCAUUUGUCUGUUUUAAUACAGGUGUCUUAAAGACUUUAGCUUGACACCUUUCUUGUCAAGUCACCUACAUUGGAUUUGUGGUCUGAGUUUUAAAAAGUACAGCAAUCUAAUUUUGAUUGAACUGCCCUUCACUGGGAUAUUUAUACAUGAUAUUAAUGUCUUCAAAGCAAAUAUGUUUAGUCUUUAAUAAGUAAAUUUAUUACAAACUGACAAAGAAAACAUGCUCAUUUAUUAACAAGUUAGGAAAAGCUAAACUUUUGAUGAGUGUAGGUUCCGAAAUGGCAGAGGUCAACUGACAAUACCUGUGUCCUGAUGACGACUUCAAAA